AUGGAAGAUAUAACUGGAGCUUUAGAAUUAGUUAGCAUACAAGAAGAUUUAAGAAACUCCUUUGUGGAAGAUAACAAGAGUAUAAUAUUCUGUGGAAGUCUAGCGCCAGAAAGUACAUCGUAUUCUAUGGCAAAAUAUGAAAGCAGUUCAAUAAAUAUAGAAGUAAAUGCAUUUAUGAAUAAGACUAAAGAGAUCAUAAGCGAAAUUAAGCCUAUAGAAGAGUCUACUAGAAACAAAAGAAAUGAGAAGAUUGAUGACGAUAGAUGUUUGAUACCUAUACGCAUUGGAGAAAUGCUUACCGGUGGAAGAGCAGAGAAGGCCUGUAGAAUGAUUCUCCAACAUUCAACUGUAUCACUGGUGCACUUCAUGAUCUGGGGAAUAAAGUUCGAUGCUGAUAGUGCACCAUUAGUGUACUUACGUGAUUUAUCGCUCAAUGGAAUGUUGGUGAAUGGUCAGACCAUAGGGCGAAACCUGACAGUUCUUCUCUACGAUGGAGAUAUCAUUGAAGUGAGAUGUGUAGCAGUCUUUCUGUUUCGAGAUUUUGAAUGUUCGCAAUAUCUGCAACCUGCUAGAAGAGAAAGUACAAUUAAGGAUUGGACUAUAAGCAGCAGGAUCUUGGGCUCAGGCUCUUUCGGCUCAGUUUAUGUGGCGAAGUACAAGAAUGAGAAGAUCAACUUUGCAGUUAAAGUAAUAAAGGGGUUGAGCAAUUCGAAGAAUCUGCCCUUGCGACAGGAGCGGUUUAAAAAUGAAGCAGAAAUAUUACUGCAAAUAGACCACCCAAAUAUUAUUAAAGUCCAUGAUACCAUUUUACUUGAUGAUCAUAUCUACAUAUUUGAAGACUUGAUUUGUGGAGGAGACUUAUUUUCUUAUCUUAUAAAAGGAAAUUGCCUUAAGGCAAUUCCCGAAAACGAGGUAAUUCUUAUAGUGUUCCAACUAUUACAAGCCUUAGACUAUUUGCACAAUCAUCUUCAGGUAAUUCAUCGAGAUUUGAAAUUGGAUAAUGUUUUGCUUAAAGCUCCAAUACCCUGUACAAAAAUUAUCCUUUGCGACUUUGGUAUUGCUAAAUCAUUACAACGCUUAAAUCAACGAACAAAGACAAUAGUUGGUACUGUCGAAUACAGUGCACCGGAGAUAUUUACGCUUGAUAAGAGACUACAUGAAUCUAAUAACAUACACUCAUUCGCAAAAACAUGGCUUAAAGGUGAGGGAUACGACUAUAAAUGUGACACUUGGUCACUCGGCGUUAUGAUUCAUAUUAUGCUUUCUGGUAUUUCACCAUUUUACAGCGAUGGGGAUGAAAUAGGCAUGGUAAAGAGUGCUAAAUUGGGUAAACUUAAUUUUGAACAACAUCAAUGGCGAAAUGUAAGUCCUGCCGCAAAAGAUUUCAUUAAAAAAUUAGUGGAAGUAGAACCCAUUAAAAGAUAUAAUAUCAAAGAAUGUAUGAAACAUGAAUGGAUUUCAAAACGUCACCUCCAACUAAAGCAAAUUUAUGAAUCCAAAAUAUUAUGCCAGUAG